AAGUGACUUUAAGGCCUCUAAAUUGUGUCAAAUUUUGUCAUUAAGUCAUACUUUAAGUCAUGUACAUGUAAUGUUUUUUCCUCGUGAAACUUUUCUGUCAGGCAAAAGUUUAAGCCGUACUCAGACAUUUUUGUUCUGCUGGCUGUGAGUAGAAGUAGCUGAGGCUAACGCUAACUUACUGCUAACAUGUCCUUGCUAGCAAGUUUGGCAGGUAGUUUUUUGCAUCCUAUGAUAGGUAAAUUUGCACUUGCCUAUCAUGGGUUAGUGCAAAUUUAUCGCCAGCCCACUGAAAUUUGUGCAUUUCUGUAGCGAUCUAGGUUUUAAAUUCCAUUCAUAAAACCUAAAAGGUCUCAAAUCAUUUUAAAUCCAAGUUGGCGACGCCUGCAGAAAGCAUUGAUGUUCAAUUCCUGUGACCGCAAUCAGACUUCUGAGUGAAUGGCUUAUAAGCCCAAAGAAACCUGCAUAUGCAGAAGAAUGUUUUGAGUUUUCUUCUGCUUUCAUUUGUUUGCAUCACCAUGUUAACAUUAUAGAAUAACAAAAUGGAGAAGAAUAAAAAGCAGAAGAAAGUUGACUUCACACAGCAGAACACCGUUUACGGAACUAAUGCUGCCGACCGUGAAUCGUUUUUAAAGUUAUUCACUAACAGUAUCAUCACAAGAUCAUAACAAGAUGAAGGAAGCUGAAAGAAACAAAGCACAACUAAUAGCAAAGGCCUUAUGUUAAACAGUUUGAGUUUAUUUGACCUUAAAAAAAUUUUUAUUGUCCUGGGGCAGAAUUACGAUGCACGUCUCACGUCAAUGACAUAAAAUAUGUGCAGCAUUUGGACAAAACCAUUGGAUGUCCGUCGCAUUUGCCUGAACAAACACUCUUAACAUGCUCCAUGUUCUAUGGAAGAGAAUGGCCUAGUCAAAGUCCAACUGAGAGACUGUGGCAGAAAAAAAAUAAAUCAUUUAAACUUUACCUUAAGCUAUAUUAUGAAAAAAAAUUUCAUUGGACCACAAAAAAUUCAAAUAAAAUUCAUGUAAGUUUGUAAAACGAUAAAAUGUGAAAACCUUGUUCUUCAGUCAGCUGUGUUUCAUCGUUGUGUUUGGGGAAUAGAUGCUGCAACAUCUGUACUUCUACAAAUCCAGCUGCUGUUGGCGGCUUAGUGACGACAUUCAGCAGGAACACCUUCACCUAACCAGUCCUUACAUAGACACACUAAAGAACCUGGCUAAUUACUUGGUGAAGCAAAUGUAGACGCAACUAUAUAAGCAGAUUAGUAUUUUUGAAAGGUAAAUGAUUAAAGCGGUCUGUGUACAUAAAACUGCCCAUAGACUGGCAAAUCUCUUGAGCCGUUUAAGAUUAAAAACUGUAACAAUAUUGACAAUAUUAACAAGACUGAACAGAUCUGCCCUUAUGGAUCUGGCACAUUGCCACCGAUACCUCAUCUAUAUAUUGUUUUCGGUAUCCAGGCCAAUACAGAUAUUAAUAUCAGAUCGGUUCAUCUCUAGAAUCUAGCCUGUGUCUUUUUUAUGCGUCUGUUAGAAAUAAAGUGUACACACUUCCCUCUUCCUCCGCCACGUCCGUCGGCUUUAUCUCCCCGUCCAAACAGCCGCCGUUCAUCUUUCAGUGUGUCUCUCUGAUGAAGGCCUGCUCCUCUUCCUCCUCUAGUGGCUGAGCUCCACGUUUUGAGCUAAGCUGUUACUCUGCUUUAAACUCCAGACGGUGUUAAAAUGUCACCACACAUGUAAUUGAGCAUUGGUGGCUGUGGCCUUUUCACUGCUUCUGUGUCUUUUUCUUUUCUUUUUUCCUCGUCACGAUUCCUUCAUCAUCGCUGUGUGUUCCCCACACACACACACACACACACAGCUUGCCAGGAAUCUCCCCCCACGGACCAUCGGUUACCCCUGGACGCUGGCGUUUGGCACGUCAAAGCACGGCAUGAGCAUUAAGACGCUGUACAGAGCCAUGCAGGGCCAGGACACACCGGUCCUGCUGGUCAUUAAGGACAGCGACGGUCAGGUAUUUGGUGCACUUGCAUCUGAACCCUUUAAAGUCAGCGAUGGCUUUUACGGCACAGGAGAGACCUUCCUCUUUACCUUCAAUCCAGAGUUUGAGGUAUACAAAUGGACAGGUGACAACAUGUUCUUCAUUAAAGGAGACAUGGACUCUUUGGCUUUUGGUGGAGGAAGCGGUGAGUUCGGCCUGUGGCUGGACGGAGACCUGUACCACGGCCGGAGCCACGCCUGUAAAACCUUUGGGAACCCAAUGCUCUCCAAGAAGGAGGACUUCUAUGUGCAGGACAUCGAGGUGUGGGCUUUUGAAUAACAAACCUGCUGCAACACAGGGAAAAAAAACAAGUCCUACACACAGGACCAAACCCAGGGAGCGGUCCUCCUUCAGAACAGUGGCAACAUCCCAAACCUAACUGCACACCACCAGGUGCUCCCCUGUCUGGAGGCCAGAUACUGGAUGCUUGUUGUGCGUUAACUACUGCAGUUAUUAAGGAGCUUUGUUUUAUUUUCUUUUGUUUUUCUUUGUGAAAAAUAAACCUGUGUGUGUAUCUUAUUGCAGCCCUGUGCGGCGUCUUUGCAGAGUAGGGAGAGUACGAGGAGAAAUGCAAGGGAAGCAGGGUAGGGACCGCGCGGUCACUAAGGCCAACUGGACUUCCUGAGGCUGAGGUUUGGGACUGCUGCAAGAAAGGAAAGCUGCCCCACCUGGUGCAAAUAGUGCAUCAGAACUCUGAAGAACCUCAAGGAAUCCCCCCUCUCCCACAUCACCACACCACCACCACCAACUUCUGGGAUCCCAGCUAGAACUCCAACUCACUGUGCUGUCGGCCGUUACGGAGAGAGACUCAGUCGGAGGAAACCGAACACAUUCCAUUUCUCUUGAUCGUGGAGUGUCAAAAGUGGUGAUUUGUGGUGAACUUACAAAAAAAAAAAAAAAAAAAAAACCCGCGUCCGCAUCCGGAACCGAUGACGUUAAAGCGAGCGAAUACGUGCUGUGUGUGUAGGUGAAAGGGGGAGGGGUGAGUUUGUCCUCCCCUCCCUCCUCCCUUGAGGCUUAACUUAUUGAGUAUCGUGUGUCGUAGUCCUGUCGUUCACUGUCCAUAGCACACCGUCUGAAAGCACAUAGCUAUAACCAGACCACCCGUCGUCGUAGCGUUCCGUUCAGUGGGUGUAUGUGUGAGUCCAGCUGCCGGCCGGACGCUGGCUCUACUGUUUCGUAGACAGUAACGUGUUGCAAUAGAUUUGUGGAAUAUGCAAAUAAACUGUCCUGUGACCUCAACUAACCCCACCGGGCGGCGACUCUUUGGCCGCCGUUUGGAGAAAGAGAGAGAGGAACGUGUAAAGCUUUUACGUCUUGAUACACAUAAUUGCUUCUCUGGGUUUCAUUUGAAGGCCUGAGAUGUGGUUACCUGUUUUACAUGCAUAUAUGACAAUUAUAUAUUGUAUAUAUGAUUAUAUAACUUUAUAUAAUCAUAUAUAUUUUGCUGUUGAGUGUGACAGUGAUAUAUUUGUGCUGAUAUUUCAGCUGUUACUAUAUAUUGUAUAUUACCCUGUAAAUUAAUGGUAAAAUAGUAGAUUUGUUGCAAUAUAUAUAUAUAUAUAUAUAAAUACAUUAUGCUAUAUAAAUAUAUAUAUAUAUAAAAUAAAGUGUGAAUCAAUGGGUUGCUUUUAGCACUUUAAUCUGGUUCAAAAGCGUCAAGGCCAGGUUCUCAGAUUAUCCUAGAAGUAGCUGUACAGUAUAUUUUUUUCCCUUCCUGUUAACUGUUACUAGAAAGCUUGCUGCUACCAAUAACAACAGGAAAAUGUCCUAGUGCUCUCUGGAAGGACGAGGAUUACUCUGAGGAUGUAACGUUUGGGGAUGAAACGUUUUAAAGACAGCAGCAGGUCUCGGUUUCUCUCCGCACAUAGUCGCCAUGUGAGUCUGAGGCAGAUGCGCAUAAUAAAGGCAGGAGAACAACAUAACACUUCCCCACAGAGUCCUGACUUCCCUUUUUCCUUUUUUUUCUCCCUCCCCUCCCUCCUGGUCUUCCACGCCAGUAUUUGUGUCCAUGUGGAAAGUCACAGCAAGUAAAUAUGGUUACCUCUUUAAUUUCACCAGAGCAUUGUAUCAGUGAUGUACAAAUACUAAUAAAGCUGAAGUAAUUGUUGUAACCAGCGA